CUCGUUUCGCAUGACGUCGGUCGUCGACGCGUCCAAACCGCCGAGCGACACGAGCGCCUACGAGCUGCUUGAGCUGCCCAACGGUCUUGAAGUCCUCUUGGUGCACGCUCCCCCGACACUAGCGGCGCCAGGCGAGGACGAGCACGAGGUGGCCGAGAUGGCGGCGGCCUGCCUUACCGUGGGCGUGGGCACGUUUGCCGACCCGCCGCAGCUCUUGGGCUUGGCGCACUACCUUGAGCACAUGCUCUUUAUGGGCAGCGCCAAGUACCCGCAAGAGAACGCGUUCGAAGCCUACCUGAGCCGCUACGGGGGCUACAGCAACGCAGCGACCGACUGCGAAGUGACCAAGUAUUUCUUCGAAGUCGCGCCACGCGGUUUAUCCAAGGCGCUCGAUAUUUUUGCCAAUUUUUUCAUCGCCCCGCUCCUCCUCCAAGAGGCCAUGGACCGCGAGCUCCUCGCAGUCGACGAUGAGUUCCAGUCGGCGGGUCAGCACGACCGCGUGCGCCUGCAGCAAGUGCUCUGUGACGCAGGACGACGCGAUGGCUCGACGCACCCGUACCACCAAUUUGGGUGGGGCAACAUUGCGAGUCUCAAGGACGCCCCCUCAAAGGACAAUAUCAACGUGCGGUUGGCCCUCCGCGGAUUUUUCGAGCAACACUACACGGCAGAGCGCAUGAAGCUUGCAGUGUGCAGCUCCUUACCCUUGGCGACCAUGGCGCAGUGCGUUCGAGCGUCGUUCGGCGCCAUUCCCAGCUGCACUGCGCCAGGCCUGCGGUAUCCGCCGCUGCCGCGGCUUGCAUCCCCCCGUCGACUGCUCACGUUUGGGUCCAUAUCGGAGACGCAUGGUUUGUAUCUUUUCUUUCCCCUGCCGCCAACGACCACCGGCCGAGCCCGCCAGGCGCAGCUCGCGGCCGCCGAAUACAUUCGCUAUGUGUUGCGGCACGAAGGCAGCAAAUCGCUUCUCUACUACCUGCGCCAGAAAGGGUGGGCGACGGGGAUCGAAGCCGGUAUCGCCGAGACGCAGGGCUACGAGCACGGCUCGUUUGGCUCUAUGUUUGAGGUCGAGAUCGACUUGAGCCUCCUCGGUGUUGCGCACUGGGACAUCAUUGUGUCGCACGUUUACUCGAUUUUGCAUCAUUUUCAGCGCUCGUCGAAUUGUCCCAGCUGGAUCCACGCCGAGUUUCAAGCAACCGCCAAAGUCGCUUUUGCUUUUCCGGCCCCCGUUGACGCCAUCAGUCGCGUCCAAGCACUAGCUACGUACAUGCUCGACCGCCUGGACAUUGACCGGAAAGAGCUGUUGGGUCUGCACCUGGGACCGUGUCUGUACCAGCCCUUCAACCCCGCAGCCAUCGCCUCGCUACUCACGUGUCUGGUGCCGACCAACAUGCAGGUGGCGCUCCGCACCACCGUCCACUCGUCCGACAUUCGUGGGCUUUCCGCUCGGUUGCCGUGCACGGAGCCCUGGGGCGAAGUUGCAUAUGAGAGAGCGCGGAUCCCAGCAAAGCUCCUUGCGCGAUGGACCAUGGCGACCCCGGCGCCCUACCGCCUCCCACAGCGCAAUCCGUUCGUGCCCACCGACUUUACGAUCGAAACCGAGAGUUCGGACGCCACGCCAAAGCGACUGGACGUUCCUGGACGCCAUUGGCUCCAGCGCAGUACCUUGUCGCCGCGCGUCACCGCAUUUUUCCAGCUCGUGCUGCCAUUCGGUCAAGCGUCUCUCGAUGCGCACGCAACGUUGUUGGUCUAUGUCCGCCUCGCCGAGCUUCGGCUGCGCGAGACAACGUACUUCGCGCAAUGCGCUGACAUGGACAUCAGCCUCCGCGUGCAAGACGGCAGCAUCCACGUGCGUGUCGCUGGCUACCGCCAACACCUCCCAUCGCUCGUCACGACCCUCUUCGACGCGCUCACGCGGCCCGAGCUACCUCGCGCAACCGAGCUGGACCACGUUGUCGAGUGGCUUUGCGCCGAGCUCACCGACGACGUGGCUGACGUCGGGGCCCUGGCCACGUACAUUCGCCUCCAGCUGCUCGACGCGAGUCCCGUGCACCAUGCGCUCGACGAUAUUGUGCGUGCUCUGCGGCGCUUGACACUUGGCGAAGUCUCUGCGUUCAUCACGGCACCAAAGCUCUUUGCCCGAGCACGCUUGACGAGCUAUGUUGCUGGCAACGCCUCUACGGACACGGCAAUAACGCUUGUUCGUCACCUUGUCGCGAUGGUGUCGAUGCCAGAGAUGCUGUCGCCAAGGUCCCACACAUUGUACAGCCCCAAGCGUCUCCAGGCGUCGACGUUGCCCGUCAACGACGGCCGCGGACUUCUCGUGCGCGUCCCCAGCGCCCACAGCGACGACACCACGAGCUGCGUCGAGAUGUAUUUUCAGUGCGGAGCGCUCCAUCCAAGGGCAUAUGCGAUUGCCAACGUCCUUCGGGUGCUCAUGAACGAGCCGCUGUUCCACCAGCUGCGCACGCUCGACCAAGUCGGCUACCAUGUGGCGUGCUAUGUCAAGGUGACGCACAACGUGCUCGGUGUCGCCAUUCUCGUCGAGUCGGCAACGUGGAAUGUCAGUGCGAUCGCGCGCCGCUUGGAUACGUUUCUGCAGACGACGUUCCCCGCCGUCUUGCGCGCCCUCUCGCCCGACGCGCUCGCGUUGUGUCUCGACGCUGUGCAUGCCCUCUGGCAGCGGCCGUCGUCUCCGCACGAGACGUGGGCUGCACUCCUCAGCGGCCAACACACCGUCGACGGCGCAAUGGCCGCGGCCGUGCUUGCUGUGACGCAGGAGGACCUUCUUCACACGUACGACGACUGGUUCUUGCGGUCGGCUCAGAAGCUGCGUGUGCACGUUGUGGGCCAAGCCCACUCGGUGCCCAACGUCCCAUUCGAGACCUUCUUGGACACAGCGUCGGCCCCGAUACUAGUGCAAGACAUUCCUCGCUUCAAGCAGCGGCUGCCGACGACACCCAAGCUCUAAUGAAUCCUGUUUGGUCAUAGAA